ACAAUCCUGCUUUGCAUAAGUUUCCUCUGAGUGGGUCUGGUGUGGAGGCCAGUAGUGAAAGAAUUAUUAGUCCCUUUUGCACGGUUUGGAUGUAUGUGUAGAGAGGAAAGCUGCUGCUACACGCCGCUAUCAUCUAAAUAGUUGAAGCUACAAUGUAUUGCGCCUACCCAGUCCCUGGAAUGGGCAGUAACUGUUUAAUGUAUUACUCCAACGGGAAAUCGGUGUACGCACCGUCUCCGAACUCGGAGGACUUCAACAGAGAUUCCCCGUCUUAUUCCUCGCCCAAACCUUCCAGCAGUAUGUUUGCAAGCACUUUCUUUGAUGGUACCCACAGUUCUUCGGACCCGUGGAACUCAUCCAGCGGGAUCAGUCAGCCUGGCUACGGGGGAAUGCUGGCAGGAUCUUCAUCUCACAUGGCCCAGACGGGAAACUACAGCAGCCUGCACUCACAUGACCGUUUGAACUACCCAGCACACUCCGUCUCUCCAGACAUCAAUGCCAGUCUUCCCCCCAUGUCAAGCUUCCACCGGAGCAACGCCAGCACUUCACCGUUCGUCACCGCAGCACACACUUCAUCCGUCAACUCAGCCGACGGGGUUAUGGUCGCUGCAAAUCGAGGGACAACUACUGGAAGCUCACAGACUGGAGAUGCGCUCGGCAAGGCUUUGGCCUCGAUUUACUCUCCUGACCACACUAGCAGUAGUUUCCCCUCCAAUCCGUCCACACCUGUGGGUUCUCCUUCACCUCUGACAGCCACAGCAGGAGCUGGCUCAGCGGGGACUGUGGUGACUGCUGCAGGGACUCCGUCUGGGAGGCCAGGUGCCAACCAGUGGCCUCGUGCAAGUGGACACACUCCCUCCUCUCCAAGUUACGAGAACUCCCUCCACUCUCUGAAAAACAGAGUUCAUCAACAGUUACAUGAGCAUCUCCAGGAUGCCAUGUCUUUCUUAAAGGAUGUCUGCGAGUCUCGAAUGGAAGAUCGUCUGGACAGAUUGGAUGAUGCAAUCCUUGUAUUGAGGAACCAUGCAGUGGGCUCCACCACCAGUCUGCCCAGCGACAUACACAGCCUGCUGGGACAGGCGAACGGGCCAAUAACAACCAUUGGACCAAACUUUCCCGCCUCUGCUCUAGUUCCAAGUCGGACUUCGACGAUGCAGGGUGGUGAUGACAAUGUCAGCCUGAGCAACAGCCAUGGAGGCCUGCCCAGCACCGGCUCCACGUCCAGCACAGAACUUAACCAUCAAGUGGAAGCGUUCAGAGGUCUUACAUCAGUGUUAUCUGGUCAAGUCCCUGCUACCCUGGAACUGAAGAUUGAGAAACAGGAAAAGGAGGACAUGCUCGAUAGCCUCACUGAUAAGUCGGAUGAUGAGAGUGACAGGAGAGACAUGAAGACACCCAGAGCAGGUCAACGAACCAGUAGCAUCACUGAAGACGAGGACCUGAAUCCAGAACAGAAGGCCGAGCGCGAGCGAGAGAGGAGGAUGGCGAACAACGCCCGUGAGCGCCUGAGGGUUCGAGACAUCAAUGAGGCCUUCAAGGAGCUGGGCCGCAUGUGCCAGCUGCACUUGAAAAGCGAGAAGCCCCAGACCAAACUACUCAUCCUUCAUCAGGCUGUGGCCGUCAUUCUUAGCUUAGAGCAGCAAGUCAGAGAGCGAAAUCUCAACCCCAAAGCAGCCUGCCUUAAGAGACGAGAGGAGGAGAAGGUGUCUGGGAGCUCGAGUGACGGGCAGCAGGGGCACACAGGAGUCCAUCCAGGACUGACUGACUCAUCCAACCCAAUGGGACACCUCUGAGCAGGAGGCAGAUCAAUGCGCUGCAGAUCAUUUCUGCCCUGCGUGAGCUGGUGAGCCUGCCUCCCAGUGACCGACUGCACUCAUGGUUCGCCACACUAGUUGCAGGAGACAGAUCACUUGAAGUGAAACUAAAAGAGUCCAACACAAUCCAGCCCUGAGAUUUAAGAAAGCCAAUCGUCCAGUUCCAUCCGACCGGUUUCCAUCUGCAAAUUUUUCCCUGCAAAGAAAAACUAAAAUCCUUCGCACAUAUCAGUGUCUGCAAGAAGUGUGUUGCUCCUGAACAAUCAGAGACUACGCAGUCUCCUCCAACCUUAGGAGGAAGUUGCCUCGUGCCUAAACUGAAUUGACGAAUGCAUUGUAACAGCUUUUUUUUUUUUCCGUCUGUUUCUUUUUUUUUUCUAUUUAUUGUGUUAUUGAGCUAUACGGUGUAUGCCUAAAGGGAAAGUUUGUUAAAAACACACAGAAGCAUGCAGCUUUCUAGUGGAGCUAUAGUUUGCCUGUGUCACCGUUGAAACAGAGCACUCCACCCCCCCGCUCCAGUCUUUGGCAAGUCCAAGAUGAGGGGAAAACAUUCGGGCACUGAGAAGAUUGAGAUUAAUUUAUUGGCCAGUUUAGACUGAUAUUUAUACCCUGCAACAACAAAUAUUAGCUUUUAGCUGCAAACAACAGAAUUGUCCAAUAUUUGUUUAAAGAUUUAUUUAUAUUUAUUUUUUGCCACUGAAACCAAAACUACCUAAUGUGUAUUUGUCUGUAGUUUAGAAAACUGAGAUGAUAAAACAAGCCCAACAACCGACACCCUAAAGGUGGCAGAUGAUUGGCAAACUGUAGUUUUACUGAAAGCUCAUAUGUUAUAUUAUUUUUGUUUAUUUCCCUCCAUUGAAACUUUAAAAAAGGAAAAUGUUUGUCAUUCCCUGAAUAUUUCGUUUCGACUAAAGGUCUCCCUUUGCCAUAUAGUGUUAAAACAUAAACAGAUCAAUGGUUUCACAGAUCCCGGUCUGAGGUCAACAUCCAGAUCCUUUUUUUUUUUUUUUUUUUUUUUUUCGUCUAUUGCUUUUGUUUGUUCUGUUUUUGGCCGUGUUGGCACCAGCGAAUUGAAGAUGUAGAAGAAAAAGUAAAAAAAAAAGAAGAGAACGAUGACCAUUUUCUCCUGGCCUGAUGAACAUAUCAGUUUUCUUUUUCUUAAUAUAACAAGAAAUUAAACUUCCAGCUCAGUUAUUCAGAGUUAUGCUUUUUUGUGUUGUAAGCGAGUCCGUUCCUCGUUUUGACUUCCAGUGCUAUGACGUCGGGUCUCAAUCAUCAGAGAACAUCUAAGUUAUUCUUCAGUCAUGUUUAGAUCAAGGCUAGGUUAGAUACUUCCUGGUUAUCAUUGGACAGUAGCUCCAUAAUGAACAAAAGCAGUCAACAAGGUUUCCUUUUACAUUUCAAAGCAUUGAUUAUGGCUUUAUUUUAUUUCCCCUAUCAGUGUGCAUGCUUUACAUCUCUCCUUUUUUUUUGUAUCUUUUGGUCUUAAGACUUGCUUUUUAUUCCAUAUUUUUGUAUAAUAUGUUCUGUCAUAUUUUCCGCCUGAAACGAAGCGGCCGCGUUCAGGAUGAGACUUCAGGACAACAAAGGGACUUCAUCUAGAAGAAAUCAUGCCCAGCAGGAGUUUACAUUUAACACGCUUUUAUUAUUGCGAUGCAUUAAAGCAAAAUUAUCUGCAUUCUCCGCCUGAACUCGACCGUCUUCUUCCUUUCAGUAUUUCAUGACCUUGUAUUCAUGUUGACAGACUGUUGACUGAGAGGCUAACCUAUGUCACUUCCAGUUCUAAUUUCCUUCAUUUUGUCUGCUUACUUCCUGUUCCUCCUUUGUUUUUUUUGCUCCUCUGUUUGCCAAGUUAGACUUUGCUGUAUUCCCAGAUGCGUUCCCUUGUAUAAUAUAUGAGAAAAACAAAAAACAAAAGAAAAAAAAUACAUUUGGCUUAUUUUUCACUGUAGUUAGUCUUUUAUACUAUAAUACUGUAAGAAUAUUUCUUGAAUUCUAAAUAUUACUCUUUCUAGAUUUUUGAAAGCAAAAGUUUUGAGUAAAAAGUUUCUUACUUUAUUUUACUAUAUUAGAUAGUAAAAUGUACGGUUAUUUACCAUAACUUGUCAAUUAUUGCAAGAGAUUUACGAAUGGCAAAAGACAGCAGAUCUGCAGCUUGUGAUGGGGUUCUUUAAAAGGCUUCCGAAGAGCUGCAGAUUCCUGAAAUAGAGACGUUCAUCUUCCUCUUAAGUCGCCGCUGUCGCUCAAUAAAAGAUUUGAUCUUGUGUCAAAUAAAAAGUGUUGAUCUGCAUAAAAAAAAAAGACAAAGGAAAAAAAACAACUGUGGCAGCAAGAAUUUGAAUUUUCUGUCUUUUUCAACAGGAAAACAUGUAUAUAACAUUUAUGUUGCAAUAAAUGUGCCAUCUUUUUUUAAACUGGAUUCUAUGUGCAUUUAUUUCUCUGAGCAAAAAGGUUUCUUUUUUCCCAAAGCAUUAAUAUUUGUUUUGUAAAACACAUUCAAAGAAAGAACAGAGCUCACCUCAGAAACAAGGGUCUUGAAUUAGGCUUUCUUAUUGUUUCCUUUUUGUUCGUUUGUUUGCUUUUGGAGACGUUUCUACAGUGGAUUUAGGCCAAAUGAGUGUUUUAUAGUAUGUAACUUCUUUUUUUUUAAAUAUUACCAGUGGACCAUUGUAGUCUGUAUGAAAAGUAAUAUGAAUAUAUAUGUUUCUAUUUUUAAUAAAGUGUGAUAGCAGCGUGA